CCUCGUUUGUCUCUCUCAGGCUGCGGACGUCGACCAUGGUGAGGGAACAGUGGCGACCGUCUUCUACCGUGUCCCCGGAGGGCACAGAAAACGCCGGGUACGAAGGAGAUGAACAAAAUGAACAGAAACGACCUGUGCCUGAUUUCUCUGCGGUCACCGUGUCGUCAGAAAAGGCGGACAGCCGACCCGCACGAGAGCAGUGGUCCAACGGCCACGAAUUCCUGCUCUCCUGCAUCUCCAUGGCGGUCGGCGUCGGAAACGUCUGGCGCUUUCCCUUCGUGGCUCUGGACAACGGCGGCGGGGCCUUCCUGGUGCCGUACAUCUUCGUGCUCAUCUUUAUCGGCAAGCCCCUCUACUACAUGGAAUUCUGCCUUGGCCAGUUCGCCUCCUACGGCUCGGUGAAGGUGUGGGAGAUCUCGCCGGCGUUUCGAGGUAUUGGGUAUGGUCAGGCUAUAUCUACCUGGGCCGUGUCUACCUUCUACGUCAGUCUGAUGGGCCUCUGCGUCUUCUACUUCUUCGCCUCCUUCAGGACGGUUUUGCCCUGGUCCACGUGCGGCGUCUGGGCGGCCGACGUGUGCGUGGAUUCUACGAGGAACGUCACCUUCGGGAAGAACACCACUUACGUCACGGCGGCCGAGGAGUACUUCGUCAAGGAGGUGCUGCAGACCGAUCCCUUGGGCCUCCAGGGCGGCAUGGGAGCUCCCGAGUGGCGCCUCUCCCUGUGCCUGCUCUUCUCGUGGCUCCUGCUCUUCGUGGUGCAAUGCAAGGGCGUGAAGAGCUCUGGCAAGGCCGCCUAUUUCACCGCCCUCUUCCCUUACUUGGUUCUCUUCAUCAUGCUGAUCCGAGGAGUGACCUUGCCCGGGGCUUCGAAGGGAAUUCUGUUCUUCAUCACACCGCGAUGGGAAAAGCUCUUGGAACCGGGGGUAUGGUACGCUGCGGUCGACCAGGCCUUCUUCAGCCUGUCCGUGGGCUUCGGCGUGAUCAUCAUGCUGGCUUCCUACAAUGACUUCCGCCACAACGUCUACCGCGACGCCACCAUCAUCUCCUUCGCCGACACCUUCACGUCGCUCCUCGCUGGAUUCACCAUCUUCGCCAUCCUGGGCCAUCUCGCCGAGCUCCUGGGGGUGGAGGUCGAGGACGUGGUCAAGGGCGGAGGGACGUCUCUGGCCUUCGUGAGCUACCCAGACGUCUUGGCUAGGUUCCAGUACGUCCCCCAGCUGUUCUCGGUGCUGUUCUUCCUCAUGCUGUUCACCCUUGGGGUGGGAAGCGCCGCUGCAUACAAUGGCUGCGUCAUAACUAUCAUCUGCGACCAGUUUCCGCACGUAAAGCGGUGGCUAGUGACGCUGGGCGUGUGUGUAGUCGGCUUCUUCGUGGGGCUCCUAUACGUGACGCCUCAGGGACAGCAUAUCCUCACUCUCGUCAACCAUUAUGGAGGAGGUGUGUCGAUCAUCUUCCUAAUGAUCCUGGAGUUGAUGGCAGUGAUGUGGGUCUACGGCUUCUCCAACUUCAUCAGGGACAUCGAGUUCAUGUUGAAGAGAAAGACUGGUCUCUACUGGAAAAUCUGCUGGAUCUUCUUCAACCCCCUUUUCCUCGGCGUAGUUUUCAUCUACAGCCAGAUCGUGGCAAAACCUCUUACAUACGGGUCUUACGUCUUCGGUUCCCUAGAAACAGGAAUGGGUCUGGCACUAGCAGCGUUUGCAUGCCUCAUGGUGCCAAUCUUUUUCGUCGUGGAACUAAUGAAAAUACGAAGUGGUGCCUCCUCCUGGUGGGACGCCAUCAAACAGACCUUCAAACCUUCUGCAGAGUGGUGUCCCAGCGACCCCGUCAUGCGGCAGCAGUACAGAAUAUUCAGGGCCUCUAAAACGCUAACCCCAGAGGGCAUCGACAAUCCGAUAGUGGCGAAGUACCAGAUGCAAAUUAGAAAUAGAAAUAAAUAGGCUUAUGUUCGGUCCCCAGAGUGUG